GUUCACAGCGUCCGGUCCGCCUCCUGCUCCACACCGUCCCCGUGCGCGAGAGGAUGAACGCUUUUCGGAGGUUUGGACACUUUGGACAGCAGCGCGUGGUGGAAAACAGGAUUUAGUGGAGAAGUUGGCGUUCGGCAGCAGCGGUGCCCGAGCCGAGGACUCUCGCUGUCAGUCUUGAGGGGGAUUUCUGACUUUUUUUUCUUCUUUCCACUGUCGCUUAACUGCUCCCCGAGGCGCGAGGACUUACGGAUUUUAAGUAGUUUUGUGGGUUUUUAUGAAGUUUUCAGGAGAAUUACGCCUGUUUUUCUUCCUCUGAAUGUUUGGUGACAUCUGAAAUACUGAAAUUUGCUGGCAAAACGGAAUACUUUGGGUCAGCGCAGGGGAGUUGUUGGAUAGUUUCUUGCGGCGUCGGAGGCCGCCGUUCUGCCGGACAGCAUGCGAACGGAGGAUGUUGUCUGAGUCUGAGUCGGGCCUCGCUGCUCUACGUGUCACCUCGUCGUCCAGAGGAAUGACGGCUCUGUGGUGCUCAUUCUGGAUUUCCUUCCUCCUGCCACUCUGCGUCGCUCCGGCCAGGCUGCCCACCGCUCAGCCCACAGACUCUGUGUCCAGCGAGACAGCCUUCCUGGAGGACUAUGUUCUGGGCAUGGGGGACACCCUGGAAAUGUCAUGUGACCUGGAGGACCACUCGGAGCCCGUCGUCUGGUUCAAAGACGGCGCCGGGCUGGUGCCUAGCAACCGCACGCGGCUUGGACAGAGGAUGUUGCGCAUCAUCAACGUGUCGUACGAGGACUCGGGCGUCUACUCGUGCCGGCUCGCCCACAGCAACACACUGCUCAGCAACUACACCAUCCGGGUAACAGAUUCUCUGUCGUCUGGUGAUGAUGAAGAUUACGACGAAGAUCCAGAAGAUGCAGGUAAUGGAAAUGAAGCUCCAUACUGGACCAGACCUGACCGGAUGGACAAGAAGCUCCUGGCCGUUCCAGCCGCCAACACCGUCAAGUUCCGCUGCGCCGCAUCCGGAAACCCGACGCCGACCAUCCACUGGCUGAAGAACGGCAAAGAGUUCAAGGGAGAGCAGAGGAUGGGAGGCAUCAAGCUGAGACACCAGCAGUGGAGUCUGGUGAUGGAGAGCGCCGUGCCAUCAGACCGGGGGAACUACACCUGUGUGGUGCAGAACAAGUACGGCGCCAUCACCCACACCUACCAGCUGGAUGUGCUCGAGCGUUCCCCCCACAGACCCAUCCUCCAGGCAGGCCUGCCAGCCAAUCAGACGGUGGUGGUGGGCAGCGAUGUGGAGUUCCACUGUAAGGUUUACAGCGACGCUCAGCCGCACAUCCAGUGGCUCAAACACAUCGAGGUCAAUGGCAGUCGCUACGGCACCGACGGCGUUCCCUACGUUAAUAUCCUAAAGAGUGUUGUCAGUAAACACACUGAGGCCCACAGUAAGUUGAAACUGUACAACGUGACAGAGAGAGAUGCUGGGAAGUACUGGUGUCGUGCCACAAACUUUGUAGGCAAGUCGGAAAACGCUUUCUGGCUUAAGGUACACAAACCAGCAGUGAGCCCGGAGAAGGAGGACUACUACGCCGACAUCCUCAUCUACGUGACAGGCUGCGUGCUCUUCAUCCUCGCUGUUGUCAUCGUUGUUCUUUGCCGCAUGAGGAUGACGACGCAGAAGACGCUGCCCACGCCUCCCGUGCAAAAACUGUCCAAGUUCCCCCUCAAGAGACAGCAGGUGUCCUUGGAUUCCAACUCCUCCAUGAACUCCAACACUCCGUUGGUCAGGAUCGCCCGCCUGUCGUCCAGCGAUGGACCCAUGCUGGCCAACGUCUCGGAGCUGGAGCUGCCCUCCGACCCCAAAUGGGAGUUUCCUCGAACACGGCUGACUCUGGGUAAACCUCUGGGCGAGGGCUGCUUCGGUCAGGUGGUGAUGGCCGAAGCCAUCGGCAUCGACAAGGAGAAACCCAACAAGCCGCUCACUGUUGCUGUGAAAAUGCUGAAAGAUGACGCCACAGAUAAAGAUUUAUCCGACCUGGUGUCAGAGAUGGAGAUGAUGAAGAUGAUCGGGAAACACAAAAACAUUAUCAACCUGCUGGGAGCGUGCACGCAGGACGGUCCUCUGUACGUCCUGGUGGAAUACGCCUCCAAAGGCAACCUGAGGGAGUACCUGCGGGCGCGGCGGCCACCGGGCAUGGACUACUCCUUCGACACCUGCAAAAUCCCAGACGAGCAGCUCACCUUCAAAGAUCUGGUGUCCUGCGCCUAUCAGGUGGCCCGAGGCAUGGAGUACCUUGCCUCGCAGAAGUGUAUCCACAGAGACUUGGCAGCCAGAAACGUCCUUGUGACAGAGGACAACGUUAUGAAGAUCGCCGACUUCGGCCUCGCCAGAGAUGUGCACAAUAUAGACUACUACAAAAAGACCACGAACGGUCGUCUGCCCGUGAAAUGGAUGGCUCCGGAGGCUCUGUUCGACCGGGUCUACACGCACCAGAGCGACGUGUGGUCUUAUGGGGUGUUGUUGUGGGAGAUCUUCACCCUGGGAGGCUCGCCGUACCCAGGGAUCCCAGUAGAAGAACUCUUUAAGCUGCUGAAGGAGGGACAUCGAAUGGACAAACCUGCCAACUGCACCCAUGAACUGUACAUGAUCAUGAGGGAGUGCUGGCACGCGGUGCCGUCGCAGCGGCCGACCUUCAGACAGCUGGUCGAAGAUCACGACCGGGUUUUAUCGAUGACCUCCACUGAUGAGUACCUGGACCUGGCGGUGCCCUUCGAGCAGUACUCGCCCACCUGUCAGGACUCUAACAGCACCUGCUCGUCAGGAGACGACUCGGUGUUCGCCCACGACCCGCUGCCCGACGAGCCCUGUCUUCCCAAACAGCUCCCCAGUAACGGGGUGAUUAGGACAUAAAACCUGAGCUGGGGGGAGGCGGGUCGGACUUUAACCUCCUCCCACAGUUUGCGGUUAACAAACACCUCUCAGUGACUCCUCAAGAUAUGGAAAUGAAAACUCAGCAUGCAAUACUUCCACAGCGCUUCGUCUUAAACUCUUGGUCGAAAUCCUCUUUGAGUUUUCCUCCUCCCCCAAGAGACUCUUGAAACAUUGAAGGAUUAUUUUUUGCCGUUGAACCAUGUUUGUGUUCUUCUUUUCAGAAAUGAAAUUAUAUUUUUGUACUCGGGCCAGUCUUUUGUUACGGACAAUCUGUGGGGUGAAACCAUUCCGUGCCUACUGGGAUUAAAAAAAAAAAAACCCUCCUGAAACUGAAAAAAAAGACAAAAAGGAUAAAAUAGGAGGGCAUGAAGGGCAUUGGUCAGUGACUGGUUGGCGAUCCAGUAGGCGAGGACCUCAGAUUUUUAUCCUCUCGUCUGCACGGAGGCCUCAGAUCACGAUUGUGAUCUUUAGGAGAAAAGAUACCAGCAAAGCCAGAAUCAACUCGAUGAUGGGACUCGUUCUUCCGAAGACACUCGAUAACUUUUCUUUGACAGAGGACGUUCAACAGCAGAGAGGAUUACAGCAUUUAAAUGUGUUUUCACACAAAUUUGUACGCCAUCGUCCCGUUUUAGCAUCCCGAAAAACAAGUUUUGUGAUAAUCAUGGAACAAAUUCCUCAUCAGAUGUGAGGCGAAGUUUCAGGGCCAUUCAGUAAUUAGUACAAUAAGGUUCAGAGGUUUUUUUUGUUUUUUUUUUUUUUAUGUAUCUAGAAAAUGAUUUAUUGUAAAUAUAUAAAUGCAAAUAUG